AGUACUGCCAGUAGAAGUACACCUGGUAUGCCAUGCGAUCCCACCCUACCGUGCUUGGCUUCAAGCUCUGCUGAAUCUUUGACCCUCGAGGUUUUGGCUCCGAUGUCUCUGUCUGAAAAAGAUAUUGAAACGAUUUCUCCAGAUAAUCGAGACUGGGAAGAAAUUCCCGUAAUUAAACUGCCUAGUCUUACACCGUCUCCUGAAGUUAAAGCAACGACAAUUUCUCCACCUAUACGAAUAAGUAAUAGUGCUGGUUUUGCUGAGUCCACUGAUGCUUUUACUGAAUCUUUAAAAUCAUUCAAAGUUACGAGAACUCGUUCUGGAUCAAAGAGCAUCUCCCCAGAAGGACCAUUAGAUACUACAAUAAGCAAACCAAUAAACCCUGUUCCCACAUCGAAAAAUCCAAUUCUAGUAGAGUUUACAAUCCAUGCUCCGAUUUGUGUAGACCUCAAACACUUAUACUUCGAAGACCACUUUGAACCUAACAACGUUCCUCAUUUCGAGUUUCUUUCUAUGAAAGAACCUUUGGAUAUCUUAACGACCGGUGGAAGAGAGAGGGUGUUUACUGUUUUGGUAUAUUGUGCCAAAGGACAACGCCCGAAAAAGUUCAUCAAGCUUUGUCCAUAUACUUACACUUCAGUUAGGAUCAUUGGUCCUCUCCGGCAUAACAGUUCGAAGCAGAACUCUGGAAAGCAGAACUCUGGAAAGCAGAACUCUGGAAAGCAGAACUCUGGAAAGCAGAACUCUGAAAAACAAACCUCUGGAAAACAAACCUCUGCAAAACAAACCUCUGCAAAACAAAACUCUGGAAAGCAGAACUCUGGAAAACAAACCUCUGGAAAACAAACCUCUGGAAAACAAAACUCUGGAAAACAAACCUUUGGAAAACAAACUUCUGGAAAACAAACCUUUGGAAAACAAACUUCUGGAAAACAAACCUCUGGAAAGCAGAACUCUAUACAGCAGAACUCUGGAAAGCAGAACUCUAGACAGCAGAACUCUGGAAAGCAAAACUCUGGAAAGCAAAAUUCUGGAAAGCAGAACUCUAGACAGCCCGGUGAGAAAGCCAAAGCUACCAACCUGACACCAAUCACAGCUUCUUGACGUUAAUUUUAACGGCUAUAUAUAGUUUGUACUUAGUAAAAGCAUAAAAUUAUUGUACAAGUUCUUCCUGGUUGGGAAUCAAGUGUUCAAGGAUGAUAAAGGUUACUGAUUCCUUUCAAAUUGCUUAGUGUACGUUGUAUUCUUGUGGUUAUCUUG